AUGCUCGCCAACCGUGGGCUUCGUUUUCUUGACCUCAUUUCGCGCCACUUCAUUUCUACUCGGUGCUUAUUCUCAGCCUUCUCCAAUAUCACAAGACUAACAGAGAAAUCAUGCAUCCCUCUUCUCAGAAAUUGCGAAUCCAUCACUCAUCUCAAGCAGAUUCUCGCCCAGAUAUUCCGGUUUGGGCUCCAUCAAAGCAGCAAAAACACUCUAAACAAGCUCAUGAUCUUUUGCACCGACCCAUCUCGUGGGAACCUGCAUUACGCCGAAAAAAUAUUCAGUUACAUACAACACCCACAUUUGUUCAUCUACAAUGUGAUGAUUAAAGCGUUUACGAAGAAGGGUAGUUUUGAGAAAGCCUUCUUGCUCUUUGGUAAGCUGAGAGAAGAUCGCUUGUGUCCCGAUAAUUUCACGUACCCGUUUGUUUUCAAGGCCAUUGGGUGUUUGGGAAAUGUUUACGAAGGGGAAAAGAUUCAUGGUCAUGUUGUGAAAACUGGGCUUGAGUUCGAUCCUUAUAUCUGCAACUCGGUCAUGGACAUGUAUGCUGAAUUUGGUAUGAUCGAUUUCACCAGAAAGUUGUUCGAUGAAAUGCCUGAGAGAGAUGUUGUUUCUUGGAAUGUGUUGAUUUCUGGGUACGUGAGGAGUAGGAAGUUUGAGGAAGCUAUAGACACGUUUGAGCGUAUGCGACGGAACAGCGACUUACGGCCUGAUGAAGCUACGGUUGUGAGCACUCUUUCGGCUUGUACGGCAUUGAAGAAUUUGGACCUUGGCAAAGAAAUUCACCGAUAUAUCAGUGAGGAACUUGAAUUUACUACUAUAAUGGGCAAUGCAUUGUUGGACAUGUAUUCUAAGUGUGGGUCUCUGAACAUGGCUCGGAAAAUUUUUGACGAGAUGCCGGGUAAAAAUGUGAUUUGUUGGACAAGUAUGGUUGUUGGGUAUGUCAACUGCGGUAAUCUGGAGGAAGCUAGAUAUUUGUUUGACAGAAGUCCGGUUAGGGAUACUGUUCUCUGGACAGCUAUGAUUAAUGGGUAUGUGCAGUUUAACCGUUUUGAUGAUGCAGUGUCAUUGUUUCGGGAAAUGCAAAUCCAGAAAAUCAAACCGGAUAAAUUCAUCGUGGUUGCGCUCUUGACGGGCUGUGCUCAUCUGGGAGCUCUAGAACAAGGGAAAUGGAUUCAUGGAUAUAUCGAUGAAAACAGGAUUACAGUUGAUGCAGUUGUUGGCACUGCUCUUGUAGAAAUGUACGCCAAAUGUGGGUGGAUAGAGAAAGCUUUAGAUAUUUUUUAUGAGCUAAGGAGAAAAGACACAGCCUCCUGGACUUCAGUUAUAUGUGGGCUUGCUAUGAAUGGUAUGACGAGCAAGGCUCUUGAAAUGUUCUCAGAGAUGAAACAAGCAGGGGUUAGACCUGAUGAUAUCACCUUUAUUGGUGUUUUAAGUGCUUGUAGUCAUGGAGGUUUGGUUGAGGAAGGACGGAACUUCUUUGAUUCCAUGAAUAAGGUGUAUCAAAUUCAGCCAAAGUUGGAGCAUUAUGGGUGCUUGAUUGAUUUACUUGGUCGAGCUGGACUAUUAGAUGAAGCUGAGGAGUUGACAGAAAAGAUACCCAAGGAGAAUACAGAUAUUACAGUUCCACUUUAUGGUGCUUUGCUUAGUGCUUGCCGAAUUUAUGGCAAUAUCAAGAUUGGUGAACGAGUGGCUCAACAAUUGGAGAAAAUUGAAGCAUGAGAUUCAAGCAUUCAUACACUUCUUGCCAAUAUUUAUGCCUCCGCUGACCGAUGGCAGAUGUAACUAAAGUGAGAAGGAAAAUGAAAGAUCUUGGGGUCAAAAGGUGCCUGGAUGCAGUUCAAUAGAGAUUAUGGCAUUGUCCACGAGUUUAUUGCUGGAGAUCCGUCCCAUCCAGAAGUGAAGAAAUAUAUUCUAUGUUGAGUAGAUGAUUACCCAUAUGGGUUACAACUAAAAGAAGUGCAUGGUAAAAGCCUGGUUGCAAUAGAUUUUCAUAACAAAGCAGCCAUCUGUACUUAAGGCCAACUUGUAAUUGAGGGAUUUAGAAUUUUGGGAAAAAAAAUUGCAGGCUGCUUAAUGUUUAUGAAUUGCAUAUCCAGUGAAGAACAUGGUUGAUCUCCAAGAAAGUUGCUCAUAUGAGAUCUAGCCACUUUACACAAACUUCAGCGAAGUGGCCGGCGAGAGAGUUCUGCCUGCUAUUUGGGUAAUUUUGGUGCUCAAAUGGCAAGACAAAUGUCACUGAGAUGGUUGCUAGAGAUGAUUUACCGAUUCCCAGUAACUCUGUGAUUUGUGAUCAAGGAAACAAGUAUUACGAACU